UCUCCUCCUGCAGGAGUCGGCGUUGAUGACAUGUUCAUCAUGAUUGCUUCCUGGGAACAAAGUUUAAGAAGAAAAGCAAAAUCUGAUGUUAAACUUCUGCUGUCUGAAACUUACACAGAAGCAGCCCUGUCUGUGACCAUCACCACUCUCACGGAUGUUUUGGCCUUCUUCAUCGGCACCUGGACUGUUUUUCCCUCCGUGAGAUCAUUUUGCCUCUAUACAGGCACUGCUUUUGUCUUCUGCUAUAUAUAUACCAUGACCUUCUUUGGGGCAAUUAUUGUAUUAAAUCAUAAAAGGGAGCAGGCAAACCGACACUGGCUAACUUGUAGGAAGUCAUCUCAGCCAGAAACCAAAGAGCCAGAAAGUGAGCAUCCAACGAGCGUGUUCUUUAAGAAGUACUAUGGUCCUUUUUUGACAAAUACAUGGACCAAGCUACUUGUGGUGUUGCUGUACGGAGCAUAUUUGGGUGUUAGUAUUUAUGGAUGUACCCAGAUCAGGGAAGGCAUCGAUCUUCGAAAUCUGGCAAGCGAUGACUCUUACAUUAUUCUGUACUAUGAUGACAACGACAAAUACUUCUCAGCAUAUGGACCCAGGGUUAUGGUUGUCAUUACUGAAAGUGUGGACUACUGGAAUGCGACUGUUCGUCUUGGCAUUGAGAACUGCACACUGAAUUUAGAGGACAAUUCCUAUGUAGAUAAGAACUUCUCGGAGUCAUGGCUGAGAGUAUACACAGAACUUGCCAGAAAUGGUUUGAUAAAUAUAAGCAAUAAGACUCUUUUCAUGAAUAACUUAGCUACACUGUUCCAGUAUGUUCCCAGUUUUGAGUGGGACAUUAACAAGACUCAGGAUGAAAUACAAGCUUCACGUUUCUUCAUCCAGACGGUCAAUGUGACCUCAGCUGUUGAUGAGAAGAAUCUUCUUAAUCAGUUAAGAGAGACAGCCAAGCAGUGCAGCGUUCCAUUAAUGGUGUACCAUCCAGCGUUCAUCUACUACGACCAGUACCUGGUCAUAGUGCAGAACACCCUUCAGAACGUUCUCGUUGCUGCCGGGGCGAUGCUCCUUGUCUCCCUUUUGCUUAUUCCCAACCCGUUGUGUUGCUUGUGGGUGACUUUUGCAAUAGCUUCUGUGAUAGCAGGUGUUGCUGCUUUCAUGACAUUUUGGAACGUCAAUCUAGAUUCCAUAUCCAUGAUCAACCUGGUCAUUUGUAUAGGGUUUUCAGUAGAUUUUUCUGCUCAUAUUUCCUAUGCCUUUGUUGCGAGUGGAAAGGCAUCAGCCAACGAAAGGGCAAUCGACGCCCUGUCCCUUCUCGGUUACCCAGUACUACAAGGUGCAGUUUCUACUAUAUUAGGAGUUGUCAUCCUGGCUGCAGCAAAAGCCUACAUCUAUAGGACAUUUUUCAAGAUCAUGUUCCUUGUUAUUUUGUUUGGGGCUCUUCACGGGCUUGUUUUUAUUCCGGUGUUUUUAACCUUUUUUGGAAACUUUGGCAGAUCACCCCACAAUAACAAAUCUAAAGAUACAGAGCAUAGGUUUAGAAACUACAAAGACUGUCCGUGA